UGAGCUACACAGGCAAAAGAGAAUGACACAUGUGCUGUUUCCUUUUCCAGUUGUAAAGGGGUCAGGAGCCAGGAAAGGAGAGCCUGAACAAGAGCUGCAUUUUCCUGGGCUCUUCCAGCUGUUCUGCUCAAUCCCGCCGUCGGUUCUGAGCAGGGAAGAGAGGCUGUCAACACAAAUAAGGCAUUUUUCAAAGGCGUAAAUUAUGAGUUACCAAAACAAUACGACAUCUCAACCACAUGGAGACGUUGAGAAUUCCUCAGCUGGAGCAGAUGUGGCUGUUAUUGGAGGUGUGAUCGCUGCCGUGGUAUUUGUCCUCAUUUGCCUGCUGGUUGUGAUGGUCCGGUACAUGUACAGGCAUAAGGGCACCUACCACACCAAUGAGGCCAAAGGAACUGAGUUUGCUGAAAGUGCUGAUGCUGCUUUGAAAAAUGACCCUGCUCUCCAAGAAGCUGUGGAUGAGAGUAAAAAGGAAUAUUUCAUCUGAGAGGCAAGAACGUCCAUGGAGACUUCCCCACGGGAAUCAAUCAGAAAUACUACAACAAAAGUGCCAAGAGAUGGAUAAUAUUAGGAUGCAGGCAAGCACCCUAAUUGAAAAGUAUCUCUCUAUUUUGUUGCUGGGUUGUUUCUUUUUCUCUACCCACGAAGAGCUAAAUGCCAGAUACUUGCCCGUUGAUUUUAUUAGCAACACAGCUGGUCACAGUUGAAAUCAAUAUCAGAUAAGAAGAAACAAAAUCUCAGUGUGAGUGAUACACCAAAACCAGACAAACGAUAGCAAAUGUCAAGUCUUGACAUUUGGUGAAAAUAGCAGAUGCCAAUGGAAAACAUCCUCUCAGAGUUAAUGAUGCCUUCUAUGCUGAUAUUAUACAGAACUACCUGAAAUUGAAUUUCAAAUGGUCACAGAACAAACAUUAAACUAGAUAAAGCUGAAGUAGCUGGAACAAAAAUAGCUUUGUAGCCCAGACAUCUCCCCCGACCCCUUAAAUGUGCAAUGUUAUUGCCACAGGGGAGUUUGCUUUCUUUGUUUGGGGAGUUUGAUUGAGACUUUUUUCUUUUUUUCUUUUUUCUUUUUUUUUAAUUUUUAGGAUUUUAUAAAUAUAAAAGUCCAAAACACUUUGAAGAAACAAAACUGUUGGAAAACAUGGAAAAUGAAAGAGUGAAGGAUUUGUUUCUAACUUGCUCUGCAUGGCAGCUUGAGAACUGCUAAAUGUCGGAAUUCACAGUGUAGAAUAUAAUAGUCAGUAAACUUACAGAUAUGAUUUCAAUUAGUCAGUAGGUUCCCUGCAUGCAUGCAUAAGUAGAUACGUAUUAAAAGGUAAAGUAUCUUGGUUUGAACAGGCCGUUUAAGACAACAGAGCUCAGCCAGAUUUCUUUUGAGUAAGAUAUUUUUGCCUGGGUAUUUAUUUAUUUAUUUUGCAUUGGAAUGUUUAUUGAAUGCUUGCCAGCAACAUCCUGCAUUUUUGCAGGAAGAGGAACUCGGUUCCGAUGCAGGAAGAGGAACUCGGUUCCGAUGCAUGUACUCGUAAGUCUUUUACAAAUGCAACCAAAAGACUGACAGUAGAAAGAAGCUCGUUCAGCUGCAUGCCAUUGGCUAGUACCGAUGCCUCCCUCUGCAUGGCCUCUGUACAUCCUUUGCAUUGUCCUUGAUAAGAGCAUUACGCUGACCAUCAAUGCUUUAAUAUAAAUAAAUAAAUAGAAUGGUUGUGGUGGAUCAUAUGAGAAGACCUUAUGCCUCACCUAAGAAUCAGUGACAAUGAGUUUCUUUAACUCAGUAAGCUGGCUUCCUAAUUAAAGCCCACAAUUAGCUCCGGAAAUUGAGUAAUUGUUCUCUGUACCUGCUCAUUCCCAGCUGCACUGGUGCCCUGAACUACUGAAAACAGAGAGGGAUAAAUAUGUGAUAACAGAUAAGACACUGAUGAACUCCCCUUAACUCAACAUUUUAAUCUCUCAUGUUUAUAUAUAUACACAUAUUUAGAGCAAUGUAUACAUAAAGGCACGUACAACUGUUUUCAAGACACUGUUCCUGAUCACUUCUGCUCACUUCUUGGCACCAAAGCAUGAAAUUCUCCAGGACUCCAUCAUAUACGUUACCAACAUCGACCACAAAAGCGUAAACAGAUCUGACAAGAAAAGACUGCGAGGACUCAAGUGGAGAACUGGGAUACUUUUGUCUUUUCAAUCACCAUCUCAUACUUUUCUCAGAAGCUGAAGGAGAUGGACUUUGAACUGCUCUUCAAAUCCUAAUACCUUAGAUCUCAAGUCCCUGCGUGUUUGCAUUUUAACCAAAGAACAUCAAAAUCCUGCCACAUUUACUAAACACAUAAGGUAUUUUUUCAUAACAUACUGCUGCAAAGCCAAAUUGUAUUCUGUGGCUAAAGUAUAUAAAUUGCAUGUAAUCCAGAACAAGCAAAUAUUUUGAUAUUAUGCACCUGCCUAUUUUUUUUUUUUCCCUAAGAUACUUCACUAUUUUCAUCUUUUCACUGCUUUUGAAAUAGGAGACAUUUAUUUUUUCCUGGGACAAGCAUUGUAUAAAUUAACUAAUCUUAGCUGUAAAACUGAGUUUGUAAAACUGAGGACCCUCCAGUUCCAUGUAAAUAUUGCCUCCAAGGGGAGGCUAAAUGGGAUGACUUGAGCUCUGCUGCAUUUAUCACACAAGGCAUGAAAACACCAAAAUCCUCUCAAGCAUUAGCAGGACCUAUAAAAGACUGCCAACCUUUCAUCACUUUCUGUCCUCUGUCAGCUACCAAGAACCACCUGAUGUAGGUUUGGCUGUUGAAGAAAAUUCACUAUCGAGCAAAGUACGGGGAUCAUAGGGAAUAAAUUCCUUCUUCCUUCCCCAGUCAUGAAAUUGUGCUUUUGCAACUCGGACCUGCUGAUUUUCGACAAUGGUGACAUACCUGAUAGAAGAUGGGGAAACAUGAAUUAGUGUCUCCUUUUGGGAGAAAUUAAGUUUUUAAAUUACAAAGUGGAUUAAGUCAGACUGAGCGUCCACAUUUGAACCACAGGGUCAGAUUCUCUGGUGACAUGAUGUGAAUUCAGUAGAUCUCAGCCAAUUCUUAUGAGUUCAGUCAACACCAGGCAUUUUGUCAUUUCAUCCCCUACUAAAUACAACUACUGGUCUUUGACUAUAUCCCUUUUUUGUAGCUUAAUUAAAUCUCUUUAUCCCAUUUUCUCUAUUCAUCUGGGCUAACAAACACUACAGCAACAGCUUCCCUAGCAGUAAUGAGCCACGUUGAAUGUUUGCAGAGCAGUGAAUUUGGCAAGAGCUACAGCUUCAGUUAGUUUAUUUUUUUUAAACAGUAUCCUUUUGGGCUCCAGGACUUUGUGUAUUUAGAAAUGACUCAAGCAUGCUGAACACAGAGAUGGUUUUUGGAAAUUUUCUGCUUAUUUCUUUUUUCAGGACAAAUUUUGCUUUGUAAUGAAGAAACCCAUGACUUCUGAAUGACUGGCACAACUCUAGUGGCCUCAUCCUGCUAUUUAUUUUUUCCUCUCAAACAAUAACUCUACUGUCUCGAGUCACUCAAUUUAGUUGUAAAAAGACAGCAUUACAAACUUCCUACUGCUUUAAGGACUAAUAAUUAGGAAAAAAAUCCUCCUGCAAGCAACAUGCUGUGCUAAAGCAAACACUAUGUGCAACAUUGAAAUGUCUUGGUUGACAGCCAUAGCUUUUCAUCAGCAAUGAUCAAUCAGUUUUAACAAUUUGCUUCCUGAACAGGAAAAAGAAGGAAACACUUCAUUUUCCCCUCAUGUGCUUUUAUCCCGUGCUUCUCUACUGCCGCAGGCCCCGCUGUCCUGUGACUCUCUGGCACUCCAUCUCACCAGCCAUGCCUGCCCUUCCCAUCUGCAAUCCCUCAGGCUCCCAGUCAGAUCUCCCUUGCCUUCCCCAUGGCACCUCUAUAGCAAAGGAUAGGCCAUUUACUCAUUUCAUUAUUUUUAUCUGUCCCUCUCUGCCAGCUAAGAACUAAUUUUCACUACUGCAGACUCGCUAGUUAGUUAAACAUAUUGCUGAUAAACAUCUGAUAUUCACUAAACAAGAAAUCUGGACGAGGAUUGCUCAAGCAGCCUGGUUUUGUCCUGAUGCCUUAAUUCCUCAUGAAAGGUUGGGGAAUACCACUGUGUAUUGGCCUCUGCCAUUCCAGGUUUUCCUGGAGGCCAAAGUGCCACUGCACAUUAAUGCAGUCCUGCAAGGGAUUUAAACUGACAGCAGUCACAGUAAUUGUAUAUAUUUCUUUCUUUUUAGAACAAAAGGACCAAAUCAUCUUGGGAGACUCUUAAUACCAUAGGAUCCCCCUAGUACUCUCAACGUGGAUUUUUCUUUUACAUCAAAUCUUGACAUCAUUGAGAGAAUGUCACAAAGGGAAUAUUAAAAGGACUGUUUCCUUUCAGUGGGGAAAGCAAACAAAAUGCUGUAACACUUAUAGGAGAAGGAUAUGUAGGAUAGCACUGUUAGCCAAAAACAUGUGAGGAUGUCUCACACAGAGUACAGAAAAAGCUGAUGCAACAUGUAAAUUAGUAAAAAAGAUACAGAGUGGGAAAAGGUAAUUAGAUGACAAUAGAGAUGGAGAGUACUUUUUCAUCAAGCAAAAUAGAUGGUGCCAUUUGGAGAAAUCAAAGUGUAUUUACAGAAGGCAACUGAUGACAAUCAAUUUCUUAGAAUUAUAUGAGGUGUUUGAAUUCUUUGCAUGUGCAAGUCCAAUCAAAAAAUGCUGGUAAAUACAAACCAAAAGAGCACCCUUACUAAGUCUAUUAAGAGCUGUUUAUUCCCUUUUCUAAAACCUUUCAGUAAUUCACCUAUGAAAGCUUUUGUGUUUGGAAAAAGUAAAAGCUUCACAGCAGCAGUUCAUAAAGGAGAGAACACUAAAGAAUCUCUGAACAAGCAAUGAAAACACAUCCAAGGUCUGAAAACACAACUAGCUGCAAAGGAAGCUAGUGAUAGCAAAGAAAAACAUACAUCCAACUGUAUAACAAAGGAAUGAAAUGUUUAUAGAAGUAGAGGUCUUUGCCUGGUUCAAGAUAGAGAAAUUAUCAGUGACUGAAAAUAAGGAAUCCUUAUUCUAUGUGACAGUUCUCUGUGUGACUGGGAUAAACUCCUCCAAAUGCAGUGGGACAAGAAUUUCACUCACUGUACCUAUUUUUUUCUUGCAAGAAAAUUGUCUUGCUACCCAUGUCAAGAAAGAAACACUCUAAAUUUCAGUAGAAAUCCAUAUAAGAAUAAAUCUUUCAGCAUAAUUUCAUUUCUUUUCCCCACAUCCUUUUUCUGUUAUUUUAAUCUGUAUGUAUGGUUGAAAGUGUCUGGUAUGUUAUAUUAAAGCAUCUGAAUUGCAGCAUUGCUAUGACAAGAGAGAACACAGCAUUCAAAACUCGCUGCUGAUUGUCUGUUAAAACUGACUAUAACGUUUGUAUUUUUCAAAGCUAUUAAUACAGUGCUGGUGUAAAUUACUUUGAAUUGGAAAAAAAGAAGCUAAAUACGAAGGAACAAAUAACUUUAUAAUUAAAGUUGUAAUUUUCAGCAUUUAA